UGAAACCAGAACUUGGUGCUUCUUUCCUCUCUAACGACCCUUUACGAUUAGCACGACCGUCAUGUACGGCGCUUUGUCACUUCUUUCUCUCUACUUGCUAUCUACCCUGGCACCUGUUGGUGCUCAGGAGCUCACGCAAGGCCAGGUUGACCUCAUUGGCCAGCGAUUGGCGGAAAGCGGAGAACGCAGCUGGGAGCUUGGGGUGCGCACCCAGGCAGCGCUUGAGCUCAAUGCCACUCGGAUGAGCGUGUUCUCCCCCGCAGGAGUCCCUCCUCCCCGCCGUGUUCCCGAAGACCUCAAGGAUCCCCUGGAACCCGUCUGGAACAUUGUUCGUCGCGUUAUCAGCGAACGCGGACCUGGUGAUGAUCCUCGCCCACUCGUUCAGGACGGCUCCACCGCCGAUCCUGCUUCGAUCGGUGUUGCGGUUGUCUUGGCCAAUAUUACUGACCUCGAUGGGACCGCGAACGAAUACGCCGACGCUGCUCGCGGACAGCUGAGGUUCCUCUUCAGCGACCAAGUACCCAAGACCGACGAGGGUGCGAUCAGUCACCGCGGUGAACAGUUGCAGAUUUGGUCCGACUCUGUCUACAUGGUUCCGCCAUUCCUUGCUUACUAUGGUGUUGCUACCGACAACAAGACAAUCGUCGAGGAGGCCUUCAACCAAGUCAAGCUAUAUCGUAAACUCUUGCGGGAUGAGGACACCGGGUUGUGGAAGCACUCCGUUCUGGGCAACAACUCUGACCCUGGACUCUGGGCUACUGGUAACGGUUGGGCUGCCGCUGGCAUGCUCCGUGUCUAUGCUACCAUCAAACACUCUAAGUUCGGUGAUGACAUGGAUGACGAACUCGAUGAUCUCGAAGACUGGGUCCAGGAAAUCCACGAGGGAGUCUACCGCCACUACUUUGACUCGGAGAGCUUGGUUCACAACUACCUCAAUGACAACAGGACCUUCUACGAUGCUUCCGCCACUGCGUUGUUGGCCGCAACCGUCUACCGCGCCUCUGUUCUCCUCGACGAGCACGACUACAUCCCUUAUGCCGAGCGUACUCGCAUGACUCUCUUCACUCCCCACGGCGGAGUCGGCGCCAACACCAACAGGAGUGCCUUUGAAGACUACGAGUUCUUCACCACCGACGGCUGGCUCCGCCCUGUCGUCAACCCUGUCUCCAUCCGAGAGGUCCUCGAUAACGGACGAAGCUCAGAGGCACAGGCCUUCGUUGUCAUGAUGCACGCGGCUUGGGAGGAUUGGCGUGCACAGGGUGAAGAGGGCAAGGCUACCGGCGCCGCAGUUGCUCUUAGCGCCCGUGGGCUUGGUCUCCUUGUCCCUGCUAUCUUCGCCGUUGUUUCUGCUUUCUUCUAA